AUGAAUAUCUUUGACAGGUUGACUGGUGAAUGACUCAUAGUGGAUCAACAACAGGGUUACUAGUGAAUGACUCAUAGUGGAUCAACAACAGGGUUACUAGUGAAUGACUCAUAGUGGAUCAACAACAGGGUUACUAGUGAAUGACUCAUAGUGGAUCAACAACAGGGUUACUAGUGAAUGACUCAUAGUGGAUCAACAACAGGGUUACCAGUGAAUGACUCAUAGUGGAUCAACAACAUAAAAGUUUGUAUAAUAAUACAACUAUAGUUAUUGUACCAACACACAUUUUGUAUAGUUUAAAAAUAACAAUGAUAGCUAUAGUUUACCAUAUUUUGAUGUAACACGAAAUUGUUAUUCUGGUGGCAUACAGGGCUUAGUGCAAUUAAAUCAAUGCCUUCAAGGGAUAAUUUUGCAACAGUAAUAUCAAAUGAAAUAAAUCACGAAAUAGCAUUUUUUAUAGGCAUGGGUUUUGCACGAUGGCAAGGCAGAACAAACAAAUGGUGUACUGUCACUUUAAGAGAAUGUAUAAACAUGUACGUCAUGAAUAUCUGGUAAGGGGUGGGGCCAGAUCCUUGUCUGGGCGGACCAAUUUGUCACUGGCGCUUGAGAGAGAAAAAAAAAAACUCAUCCAGAAACAGCAAACAUUCAUUUUAGAGUCUGUAAUGCAAACGGUUGAAGGAUACACAGCUCUGUUCAAUUCUGGAGAAUCAGUAACACCAAGUUGACAAGAUACCACCCAUCACAACGGAAGUAACUUACUUAACUGGCGGUGAGUCCUGCUUGUGAUUCAGUUUGUAUGGUAAUUAAUAGAGAAAUGAAAUGGUGUAGAUUUUGGCUGAAGUUGUCAGUGUGCAGCCGGGUCGCCCAGUUUGUAAACAAAUGCGGUGAACAUGCCCUGGCAUCGCGCUGUUGUGAUGGAGUGUCUGUCAACCACUUUCCGUUUCCAGUUUCCAGUUUGGCUAAAGUGGGCGCAAACAAGGACGAACUUUAAACUUAGUGCAUUAAUUAAUGUAUUUUUGAAUACAUGAACAUUAGCCUAUUUAGUGGGGAAUUAAUUGCGCCGAGUGACUUUAAAGAGUAUGGAAGUGUGUAUCGGUUGUUUUGGGGGCAGUCAGCCUCUAAGUUAGAGCGUUGGGCCAGUAACUGCUGGUUCGAAUCCCCGAGCCGACAAGGUGAAAAACAUCUGUCGCUGUGCCCUUGAGCAAGGCACUUAACCCCAACUGCUCCAGGGGCGCUGGACAAUGGUGACCCUGGCCGUGACCCCACUCCCUGCGGGUGUCUCAGUCAGGGGCUUGGGAUAUGCAAGAAACGCAUUUCCAUCACACACUUCUACAAGUGUGUAACAGGACAAAUAUUAUUGUAUUAUUAUUUAUAUUCUUGUUUUGUUUCCUCACACACAACUGUGGUUUAGAAAAUCAGCUUUUCGUUGACAGGUUGUGCUGUUGUUCACAUUCAGGAUUGAUUUAGAUAUGUCUUUGAAUGGACAGGCUAUUUUAAUGUACCGAUGGCUGCACCUCCCCAAAUUGAACCUGCCAAAAAGAGAGUUGAGCCUUCCACUAGCACGACUGAUAUGACACCUUUUCAUAAUGUUCUUCAAACAUGGUUCUUGUUAGGGAUAGGCCUACGUUUUCAUAUAGGCUACUUCAUAAACGUUUUUUUUUUUAAAUAGCCUACUGCUAGCAUUUUGGUGUAAUUUCAUCCAUUUUUUACAGUGAGAUUGGGUCGAGUCCGUGCUCAGCUAUGUGGGCAGCCAGCGCCACACACCGGCAGCAGGUGGAAUGAUUUCGCCGCACUGGACUAGUCUGCUUGGCACGCGCUUCUGUUUUUAUUGCAGCAGUUGCAACGCUCGGAUUGCGUUAUCUAUGUGAUUUCAUCAAGAAAAAAAAGUAUAAUCAAAUGAAGGACACUUUCCUCACAAUUAACCAUUGCUCUGCGCUUUCAAGAGUCCUCUGGCACUGUCAUUCACUGUUUUCGCUCCGACACUCAAAAGAUAAAUCAGUAGGUAAUUUACAUGCUUAUCACAAAUCAGUGUCAUUUUAUGACAGAUUUUCCGUUUGCGCCACACAGUAGCAUAAACGACUUGUCUUGUUUACGUAGAGAGUUAUGCUCCGCUCUCGAGCUGCCUGCCUGCCACGCGCACCUCAACAGAUAAAUGUGGGCUAAUUGCGUUCCUCGAGACCCACCCUGCGCCGCGUGCUCCCGAAGUCACCCCGAUUUUUUUAGGAUGAAUUAGAAUUUAAGAAACCCAUUUAGAAAACCAAUUUAGGUUCCAUUGUAUUUAACAUUCAAUUAGUAGACAUUAUAGCCGACUUUAUAUAAAGCUAGUUUUAUGGUAAUUAUAUUUAGACUUGGGCUAUGCCAAUGAUGACUCCUACUGAAUUCUCCGGUAGCCUGUCACAGGAGCAGGUGCCCGGGUAUAGAGCUCACCUUGUGCCCUUACCUUCUGGCAGUAGAGAGAGAUAGCUAGACGUGCAACAGAGAGGUGGAAGACAGACAGAGAGAGAGAGGUGGAAGAGAGCCUAGUGCACAGAUGGAGCCUCAGAGGGAGGGAUCUCUCCGCUGUCUCCGCUGCAGCCUCAGCCCCCUGUGACCACGCGGCAGAGUUUGGCAGGCCUGCCGAGUGCCCCAGGCAGGUUGUGUGUCAGCCUUCUACUCACUGCCAGCGUGAUUUCAAGGCACACUUUACUUACUAGUAGCUGUUAUAUAAUGUAGGCUGUGGUGUUUAAUACUUACUAGUAACUGUUAUAUAUAAUGUAGGCUAUGGUGUUUAAUACUUACUAGUAACUGUUAUAUCAUGUAGGCUAUGGUGUUUAAUACUUACUAGUAACUGUUAUAUAAUGUAGGCUAUGGUGUUUAAUACUUACUAGUAACUGUUAUAUCAUGUAGGCUAUGGUGUUUAAUACUUACUAGUAACUGUUAUAUAAUGUAGGCUAUGGUGUUUAAUACUUACUAGUAGCUGUUGUAUCAUGUAGGCUAUGGUGUUUACUAUUACUAGUAACUGUUAUAUCAUGUAGGCUAUGGUGUUUAAUACUUACUAGUAGCUGUUAUAUAAUGUAGGCUAUGGUCGUGGUAUCUGAAUUACACUUACUGUAGCAUACAAUAGGAAAGUGGGUAGUAGUGCCACAACAUUGCGGUAACUUUGCGCCUCCAUCCUGCCAAAGAAAACGAUGCAGGUGAUUACAGUACAUUAUGACCUCAUUCAACAUUAUUUUCCCUGUCACCUCGCUGUGCUCGACACAAUAACCACAAGAUCCAGUUUCAGCUCUGGGAUUUGCAAGUCAAUCCCUCUCUCGUUUGUCACACCCAACAACAGGAAAAGAGACGUACUGUUUUUUUUUUUAAAGCUUCAAUAUGUAACUUUUUGGGUGACCCGAACUAAAUCACAUAGAAAUGUAAGUUAGAUCUGUCGUUGUCGUUGAAAGCAAGUCUAAGAAGCGGUAGAUCUGUUCUACGUGCGCUAUUUUUACACUUCCCGUUCUUAAAUUUAGUUUCUGUGUCUUUUACUUUCAGUUUUGUACACCAGCUUCAAACAGCUGAAAAUACAAUAUUUUGGGUUAUGGAAAAUAUUUUUCACAGCGGUUUAGAUGGUACAAUGAUUCUCUACACUAUACCUUCUUAUUUUGUCACAUAAACUGAAGUUAGUUCAUGUGCAUCUUGAAGUAAACAUGGCAGCUCAUAACCUGACAUGAUGCCCAUGUACAGAGAGAGACAGACUGUGUGUGUGUGUGUGUGUGUGUGUGUGUGUGUGUGUGUGUGCAGUGAAAGUUGUUUGUUUUACUUCCCGCUCCAUGAAACUAGCUAGUAGCUUAUGUGAGGUAGGCACGUGGAGUUUCAGCAGGGACUGUGGUUUCACCCUGGGAAGGGAGCGUUAGUUAACAUGCUGCUUUAUACCUGUCAGAGGACAGCGGUUGAGAGAGAGAGAGAGAGAGAGGGAAAGAGGGAGGGAGAAAGAGCGAGGAAGAGAGAGAGGGAGGGGAAGAGGGAGGGAGGGAGGGAGGGGGCAUGGGAAGAGGGAGAGAGGGGGUCUCUGAGAGCUUUAGCUAAAGUGUGCAGGCAGGGGAAUAUAGUCCUCUGAGUUGUCUGUGCUCUCGGUGUGUGUGUUCUGUGCUGCACUCGGUGUAUGUGUGUGUGUCCUCGAUGUGUUUGUCCGUGCUGUGCUCUGGUUGACACAGUGAGGCAAAUGAAGGUGGUUCUGGUGAGAAGAGACUCCAGGGCCAGAUCUGUUAGCCCUCUGUUAUUGAUGCUGCCUCCUGACACUGAUGACGAAGAGCAUUUGGGGGCAGCAACAUAAAUACUCCUGUCUCUCUCCUCUCUCCUGUAGGGAGACGACCUCUGAGGCUCCUAAUGGAUGAUGAAGAGGAGGACAUGUCUCUUCAGCGUCGUCCUGUCUCCCAGUGCUGGGGCACCCCCUUCAGGGACAUCAAGUUCCACGACAGAGACGGCAGGGACAGAGGAGACACCCAGGACAGGUCUACACAGACGUCGACUGGACCCAACGCCAUUGUCCCACGGUCAGAGGGACACAACAUCAUGGCACCACAAGGCCACAACAACAACAACACCCUUCCCUGUGGGGUGCAAGACAAUCACCAGGCCAGAAUACUGUUCCAUGGUAAGAAAGGGCAAAGAGGAACCCAUUUUAAAAUACUAUUGGAUGUGUGUUUGAAUCAGCUUUCCAAUUUGUGGACUGUUCCAUUGGUUCCAUUUGACCAGACAAACUAAAUCCGACACAGCUGAACUAUAUGAAAGGGUUAGCCAUGUGUAGCUAUUUGACUCAGGGCUGACCAGAUCACAGCUACAGUACUAGUGGGGUGUGACUUAGGGGUUUUCCACUAGACCGAGGCACGGACUGUUUCGCAAUUCAAAAUGGAGAUAUUGCGCGACAUCCAGGGAUUCUACCUCACUGUCACGGCAGUGUCGCUAAUCAUCUCACCACCUUUUACAUAUUUCAUACACACGCUGUCCCACAGGAGAAAACACAGACACGCUGUCCUACAGGAGAAAACACAGACACGCUGUCCUACAGGAGAAAACACAGACACGCUGUCCCACAGGAGAAAACACAGACACGCUGUCCCACAGGAGAAAACACAGACACGCUGUCCCACAGGAGAAAACACAGACACGCUGUCCCACAGGAGAAAACACAGACACGCUGUCCCACAGGAGAAAACACAGACACGCUGUCCUACAGGAGAAAACACAGACACGCUGUCCUACAGGAGAAAACACAGACACGCUGUCCUACAGGAGAAAACACAGACACGCUGUCCCACAGGAGAAAACACAGACACGCUGUCCCACAGGAGAAAACACAGACACGCUGUCCCACAGGAGAAAACACAGACAAGCUGUCCCACAGGAGAAAACACAGACAAGCUGUCCCACAGGAGAAAACACAGACACGCUGUCCCACAGGAGAAAGCACAGACACGCUGUCCCACAGGAGAAAACACAGACACGCUGUCCUACAGGAGAAAACACAGACACGCUGUCCUAUAGGAGAAAACACAGACACGCUGUCCUACAGGAGAAAACACAGACACGCUGUCCUACAGGAGAAAGCACAGACACGCUGUCCUAUAGGAGAAAACACAGACAUUCUAAUUCCAAUUCUCUUCCAUGCUUUUCUAUGGGGGAAAUUUGGAAAUGGAAUCUGGGUAGCACUUUAUAAUAAGUCUACGUAAUAAAGCAUUUAAAAUGGAUUAGUAUAUACUUUAUUCAUCAUUUAUUAAUCAUUAAUCCAUUUAUAAUAUGUUUAAUACAGGUCAUUGUAAACCAUUUACUAAUCAUUUGUUAAGUCUUUUUGCUUGGCCUCAUCUAAAGUGUGGCCUAUUUAUACUUUAUAAAUAAUGUAUAAAUGUUUUGAGUGACCAGUGUAAUUUCUCACCAAAAGAUGGACAUGCCAUUGGUGGACAUUCCAGCAGCACCUGAUGAUCCUUAAGGUCUCAGAAUGGCCCCUAGAACAUAUCAAUGGUUAGACAAUAAGCCCGCAACAGAAGAUGUUAAUGGAAAUAUAUCUUAUGAGUGGAGUAAUGAUUAAUAAAUUAUGAAAUAAACUAUUUACUAAUCCAUUAUAAAUGCUUUAUGGGUAGUUAGUAUAAAGUGCUGCCCAAAUUCCAAUUCCAAAUGUAUUUGUAACUAGAAUGUCAGUUGACUUCCUGAAUUGAAAAGUAAUUGACCCCUCUCCAUUACUUGAAUACUCGGUAGCUUGUAGAGUUCCUAGUUGUUUCUUGCACAGAUUUUUAUUUUUCGUCUGUCUGUCCCUCCCACCUAUCUGUAGACAGAGGAACAGACAGACAGACAGAUGUCUGUAGGGUUAUGUGAAGAUAUUUGUUUUCCUAACUGCAUGGCAUGUAGUGCGUGGCAGUGGCUUAAAUAAACACUCUGCCGUGCCACAGCCCAGCACAGCUAGGGUCAUCAAAGGUUAUUGUUGAGUUCACUUAGGGUGAGUCCCAAAUGGUCCCCUUUUUUUAUAGUGAAAUACUGUUUACCAGGGCCCCUUCUGGUGCAAUUUGCGACGCACAUAUUCUGCUCUACCGGCUACCGACGACACGCUCAUAUACAGUGGGGAAAAAAAGUAUUUAGUCAGCCACCAAUUGUGCAAGUUCUCCCACUUAAAAAGAUGAGAGAGGCCUGUAAUUUUCAUCAUAGGUACACGUCAAAUAUGACAGACAAAUUGAGAGAAAAAAAUCCUGAAAAUCACAUUGUAGGAUUUGUAAUGAAUUUAUUUGCAAAUUAUGGUGGAAAAUAAGUAUUUGGUCACCUACAAACAAGCAAGAUUUCUGGCUCUCACAGACCUGUAACAACUUCUUUAAGAGGCUCCUCUGUCCUCCACUCGUUACCUGUAUUAAUGGCACCUGUUUGAACUUGUUAUCAGUAUAAAAGACACCUGUCCACAACCUCAAACAGUCACACUCCAAACUCCACUAUGGCCAAGACCAAAGAGCUGUCAAAGGACACCAGAAACAAAAUUGUAGACCUGCACCAGGCUGGGAAGACUGAAUCUGCAAUAGGUAAGCAGCUUGGUUUGAAGAAAUCAAAUGUGGGAGCAAUUAUUAGGAAAUGGAAGACAUACAAGACCACUGAUAAUCUCCCUAGUUCUGGGGCUCCACGCAAGAUCUCACCCGUGGGGUCAAAAUGAUCACAAGAACGGUGAGCAAAAAUCCCAGAACCACACGGGGGGACCUAGUGAAUGACCUGCAAAGAGCUGGGACCAAAGUAACAAAGCCUACCAUCAGUAACACACUACGCCGCCAGGGACUCAAAUCCUGCAGUGCCAGACGUGUCCCCCUGCUUAAGCCAGUACAUGUCCAGGCCCGUCUGAAGUUUGCUAGAGUGCAUUUGGAUGAUCCAGAAGAGGAUUGGGAGAAUGUCAUAUGGUCAGAUGAAACCAAAAUAUAACUUUUUGGUAAAAACUCAACUCGUCGUGUUUGGAGGACAAAGAAUGCUGAGUUGCAUCCAAAGAACACCAUACCUACUGUGAAGCAUGGGGGUGGAAACAUCAUGCUUUGGGGCUGUUUUUCUGCAAAGGGACCAGGACGACUGAUCCGUGUAAAGGAAAGAAUGAAUGGGGCCAUGUAUUGUGAGAUUUUGAGUGAAAACCUCCUUCCAUCAGCAAGGGCAUUGAAGAUGAAACGUGGCUGGGUCUUUCAGCAUGACAAUGACCCCAAACACACCGCCCGGGCAAUGAAGGAGUGGCUUCGUAAGAAGCAUUUCAAGGUCCUGGAGUGGCCUAGCCAGUCUCCAGAUCUCAACCCCAUAGAAAAUCUUUGGAGGGAGUUGAAAGUCUGUGUUGCCCAGUGACAGCCCCAAAACAUCACUGCUCUAGAGGAGAUCUGCAUGGAGGAAUGGGCCAAAAUACUAGCAACAGUGUGUGAAAACCUUGUGAAGACUUACAGAAAACGUUUGACCUGUGUCAUUGCCAACAAAGGGUAUAUAACAAAGUAUUGAGAAACUUUUGUUAUUGACCAAAUACUUAUUUUCCACUAUAAUUUGCAAAUAAAUUCAUUAAAAAUCCUACAAUGUGAUUUUCUGGAUUUUUUUUCUCAUUUUGUCUGUCAUAGUUGACGUGUACCUAUGAUGAAAAUUACAGGCCUCUCUCAUCUUUUUAAGUGGGAGAACUUGCACAAUUGGUGGCUGACUAAAUACUUUUUUUCCUCACUGUAGAGGGAGUUACUAGUUUAUUUUACAGGAUCAUUUGACCGUAAGAAACCCAUUUGAUUUGAAAGCCAUAUCUGAUAGAACCAGUUUAGUGUUACUGACAACGAUACAGGUACAGCAGCGGCACGCUAAAGUAAACACUGUUGAGUCAGCUUGCCCGGCCGGUCUUGGUGACAGACAAAAGGAGUGCUGUGUCUCUGUGUCUGAGACAUAAAACACAACCACCAGUAAAUCUAGAAAGUUUAGCUGCUUGUGUCAUUAGACCAGAGUGUUAAAAAAAUAAAAAAAUAAAAUAUUCCGCUUCACAGGAUCAGGUAAAGGGAAGGAGGUCGCUCAACCCCCCCCUCUCUCUUAAAAUUGUUUUUUAAAACUGCAAAAGAGCAUGGAUUUCUGCACUUGGGUCAAGCAAAAAUCUCAUGUAUUGAUGGUGAAUCAGAGGCUAAAUCUAUUUACAUUUACAUUUACGUCAUUUAGCAGACGCUCUUAUCCAGAGCGACUUACAGGAGCAUUUAGGGUUAAGUGCCUUGCUUAAGGGCACAUCGACAGAUUUUUCACCUAGUCGGCUCGGGGAUUAGAACCAGCGACCUUUCGGUUACUGGCACAACGCUCUUACCCACUAAGCUACCUGCCGCCCUAAUCUAUGACACUGAACAAAAUCCAUUUUCUUCCCACAGGCAACGCUGGAUUCCACUUGCACUUCCCAGCUUGGUUCAAGCCCCUGGACGACCGGGGAGAGAGGCAGAACGGGGAGGGAAGAAGGGAGGAGGAGGAGGAGGAGGAGGAGGGGGAGGAGGAGGAGAAUGGAGGAGAGACCAGAGGAAGAGCGGGCGGAGGAUAGCGCGGAGGCGAGGAUCGGACGUAAGCUCCGGGAGAUCGGAGACCAGUUCCACCAGGACCAUGUUCAACUGGUAAGGGUCAAAGGUUAACUAACUGGUAAGGGGUCAAAGGUUAACUAACUGUGUGUGUCUGUGUUCAACUGGUAAGGGGUCAAAGGUUAACCAACUGGUAAGGGGUCAAAGGUUAACUAACUGGUAAGGGGUCAAAGGUUAACUACAGUGGGGGGAAAAAGUAUUUAGUCAGCCACCAAUUGUGCAAGUUCUCCCACUUAAAAAGAUGAGAGAGGCCUGUAAUUUUCAUCAUAGGUACACGUAAACUAUGACAGACAAAUUGAGAUUUUUUUUUCCAGAAAAUCACAUUGUAGGAUUUUUUAUGAAUUUAUUUGCAAAUUAUGGUGGAAAAUAAGUAUUUGGUCACCUACAAACAAGCAAGAUUUCUGGCUCUCACAGACCUGUAACUUCUUCUUUAAGAGGCUCCUCUGUCCUCCACUCGUUACCUGUAUUAAUGGCACCUGUUUGAACUUGUUAUCAGUAUAAAAGACACCUGUCCACAACCUCAAACAGUCACACUCCAAACUCCACUAUGGCCAAGACCAAAGAGCUGUCAAAGGACACCAGAAACAAAAUUGUAGACCUGCACCAGGCUGGGAAGACUGAAUCUGCAAUAGGUAAGCAGCUUGGUUUGAAGAAAUCAACUGUGGGAGCAAUUAUUAGGAAAUGGAAGACAUACAAGACCACUGAUAAUCUCCCUCGAUCUGGGGCUCCACGCAAGAUCUCACGCCGUGGGGUCACAAUGAUCACAAGAACGGUGAGCAAAAAUCCCAGAACCACACGGGGGGACCUAGUGAAUGACCUGCAAAGAGCUGGGACCAAAGUAACAAAGCCUACCAUCAGUAACACACUACGCCGCCAGGGACUCAAAUCCUGCAGUGCCAGACGUGUCCCCCUGCUUAAGCCAGUACAUGUCCAGGCCCGUCUGAAGUUUGCUAGAGUGCAUUUGGAUGAUCCAGAAGAGGAUUGGGAGAAUGUCAUAUGGUCAGAUGAAACCAAAAUAUAACUUUUUGGUAAAAACUCAACUCGUCGUGUUUGGAGGACAAAGAAUGCUGAGUUGCAUCCAAAGAACACCAUACCUACUGUGAAGCAUGGGGGUGGAAACAUAAUGCUUUGGGGCUGUUUUUCUGCAAAGGGACCAGGACGACUGAUCCGUGUAAAGGAAAGAAUGAAUGGGGCCAUGUAUUGUGAGAUUUUGAGUGAAAACCUCCUUCCAUCAGCAAGGGCAUUGAAGAUGAAACGUGGCUGGGUCUUUCAGCAUGACAAUGACCCCAAACACACCGCCCGGGCAAUGAAGGAGUGGCUUCGUAAGAAGCAUUUCAAGGUCCUGGAGUGGCCUAGCCAGUCUCCAGAUCUCAACCCCAUAGAAAAUCUUUGGAGGGAGUUGAAAGUCCGUGUUGCCCAGCGACAGCCCCAAAACAUCACUGCUCUAGAGGAGAUCUGCAUGGAGGAAUGGGCCAAAAUACCAGCAACAGUGUGUGAAAACUGUUUGACCUGUGUCAUUGCCAACAAAGGGUAUAUAACAAAGUAUUGAGAAACUUUUGUUAUUGACCAAAUACUUCUUUUCCACCAUAAUUUGCAAAUAAAUUCAUAAAAAAUCCUACAAUGUGAUUUUCUGGAUUUUUUUUCCUAAUUUUGUCUGUCAUAGUUGACGUGUACCUAUGAUGAAAAUUACAGGCCUCUCUCAUCCUUUUAAGUGGGAGAACUUGCACAAUUGGUGGCUGACUAAAUACUUUUUUUCCCCACUGUAACUGUAUGGUGUGUGUGUGUGUGUGUGUGGCUACGAGCUAGGGCCACCCACUGCCAGACUCCUGUGUCUUGUGGCUCUUCACUGUGAAAAGAAAAGGACCCAACAUUUUGCCAGCUGGGGUAGUCACAAAUAUGCCUGCUAAAAAUAGAGCUCUGUCACUGAUUCAACCACAUUCUGGGAUAGAACCAUUCAAAAUAACCAUUUUCCCCCAACCCAACCACAAAUUACCAACCAGAUAUGCUAGAGGGUGGUGCCAGGUCACCCGAGUCCAUAAAGUAUUAUUUACAGUGAAAAGGAGGUUGGUUCUUAGUUUAAAACUGCACUUCUAAAAUAUAAUCCUACCAUAUUGUCUGCUAAAUGACUCAAACGUAAAUGUAAAUCUACUGACUUUCUAGUCAAGUAUUUUAGCAUCUCAAUCUGGCUGUCGAGGUAUGGACUGGGUCGUUCAGAAAGCACCUGGAGCCAGCUCCCCGUAGAGAAGCGAUAGAAUAUCUACUCUUCUGUCUCCGACCCUGUCUCCUCCUCGGGCUUUUGUCUCACUCCUUUCCGGUCACUUAAAAGCAAAAGGAUGGAAGAAUAAUAGAGAGAAGUUGAGUCGUCGUUGUUGAGUUGUGUUAUACAUAUCAGUUAGCAUAGAUGUGGUGAAGUUGAGUCGUCGUUGUUGAGUUGUGUUAUACAUAUCAGUUAGCAUAGAUGUGGUGAAGUUGAGUCGUUGUUGUUGAGUUGUGUUAUACAUAUCAGUUAGCGUAGAUGUGGUGAAGUUGAGUCGUUGUUGUUGAGUUGUGUUAUACAUAUCAGUUAGCAUAGAUGUGGUGAAGUUGAGUCGUCGUUGUUGAGUUGUGUUAUACAUAUCAGUUAGCAUAGAUGUGGUGAAGUUGAGUCGUCGUCGUUGAGUUGUGUUAUACAUAUCAGUUAUAUAUAAAUAGAACAUCAUCAUGUUUUGGUCACGGAGAAAAAAAGCACAUGGCUAACUAGUUGGCUACAGCAGGUUCUACCGUUUCACAAUAGCCUCUCUAGUUAUUACUUCUAAACAAAAUACGUUUUUGGGUGGAUUCUUGUUGUGUGGUUUACUGUUUGAACAGUCGCUGAUAUUACAUCUGGUUAUCAAUGCAAAAUAGGCUACUUUGAUGAAUAGCCUAAAGAUCAGAUCAAGGAACCAAGCGACAACACUGCCCCCACGGCUGCGGAAGGAAUGAUACGGCUCAUCUCAAUUUUCAGGUAGUACAAACGUACGUUGAAUGCCGGAGUUUAUAGUUUUAAAAAAUGACAUUGCAACACUGCGCUACGCUCCGAAUCUUGCGUCUCUGUAGAGCUUGUAGUAAGCUUAAGUGUUAGUCCAUGAGAUGGAGAGCGACAAACAGACAGACAGACAGACAGUGACAGACAGACAGUGACAGACAGAGAGAGAGACAGUCAGAUGGUAACACAGAGAGAGAGACAGUAACAGACAGACAGAGAGACAAACAGAUGGUAACACAGAGAGAGAGACAGUAACAGACAGACAGAGAGACAGACAGAUGGUAACACAGAGAGAGACAGUAACAGACAGACAGAUAGAGACAGACAGAUGGUAACACAGAGAGAGAGACAGUAACAGACAGACAGAGAGACAGACAGAUGGUAACACAGAGAGCGAGACAGUAACAGACAGACAGAGAGACAGACAGAUGGUAACACAGAGAGCGAGACAGUAACAGACAGACAGAGAGACAGACAGAUGGUAACACAGAGAGAGAGACAGUAACAGACAGACAGAGAGACAGACAGAUGGUAACACAGAGAGCGAGACAGUAACAGACAGACAGAGAGACAGACAGAUGGUAACACAGAGAGAGAGACAGUAACAGACAGACAGAGAGACAGACAGAUGGUAACACAGAGAGAGAGACAGUAACAGACAGACAGAGAGACAGACAGAUGGUAACACAGAGAGAGAGACAGUAACAGACAGACAGAGAGACAGACAGAUGGUAACACAGAGAGAGAGACAGUAACAGACAGACAGAGAGACAGACAGAUGGUAACACAGAGAGAGAGACAGUAACAGACAGACAGAGAGACAGACAGAUGGUAACACAGAGAGAGAGACAGUAACAGACAGACAGAGAGACAGACAGAUGGUAACACAGAGAGCGAGACCGUAACAGACAGACAGAGAGACAGACAGAUGGUAACACAGAGAGAGAGACAGUAACAGACAGACAGAGAGACAGACAGAUGGUAACACAGAGAGAGAGACAGUAACAGACAGACAGAGAGACAGACAGAUGGUAACACAGAGAGAGAGACAGUAACAGACAGACAGAGAGACAGGCAGAUGGUAACACAGAGAGAGAGACAGUAACAGACAGACAGAGAGAUGGUAACACAGAGAGCGAGAUGAGGUCAGAGUGAGACGUGUGGGUUGGCUGGGCCAGCUGUUUAUAUGCCUGUCUAAAAAUAGAACCGUGACUUACUCAACACAGACACAACCGGUAACGCAACGACUACCCACAAUACUUCACUCACUCGCUCGCUCACCCCACUGACUGGCUCAAUGUCUGUAUGUGUGUGUGUGUGUGCGUGUAUGACAGAGAGAGAUACAGUAAGAGCUAUGUGUGUGUGUGUGUGUGUGUGUGUGUGUGUGUGUGUGUGUGUGUGUGUGUGUGUGUGUGUGUGUGUGUGUGUGUGUGUAUGACAGUAAGAGCUAUUGUGUUUUUAUCUAAUAGCGACAGGAGAGAGAAAGUUUGUUGUUUUUAUCGUGAAUGAUCUGAGAAUAUUGUCAACAAAACCUGUCAAAGUAGUGUUCAAACAAAACAACAUAUGCUGCUCAAGUCUGUUUGUAUUAGUUCUACCUACCUACCUACCUACCUACCAGAUCUACCUACCUAUCAGAUCUACCUAUCAGAUCUACCUAUCAGAUCUACCUAUCAGAUCUACCUACCAGAUCUACCUACCUAUCAGAUCUACCUAUCAGAUCUACCUAUCUAUCUAUCAGAUCUAGCUAUCAGAUCUACCUACCUACCAGAUCUACCUACCUAUCAGAUCUACCUAUCAGAUCUACCUACCAGAUCUAUCUAUCUCAGAUGUAUCUGUCAGAUCUAUCUAUCUAUCUCCCACGGGGGACCAGUAUAUACAAAAAUAAUAAUUAUGCACUCAUUAACUGUAAGUCGCUCUGGAUAAGAGCAUCUGCUAAAUGACUAAAAUGUAAAUGUAUCUGUCAGAUGAAGCACUUUAGGAUUGUUCCUGUCAGUCCAAAAUCCCUGUCAUACAACAUGUCCAAUGUCUGCUCUGGGAUCCAUCCCUUUUCUUGGAUUCUGGACACUUUUUAAGUCAUAUUAAAAGACAGAAAUCAAAAGACUCAGCUAAAUAUAUACUGAACAAAAAUAUAAAUGCAACAUGUAAAGUGUUGGGCCCAUGUUUCAUGAGCUGAAAUAAAAGAUCCCAGAAAUGUUCCAUACUCACAAAGUUUAUUUAUUUCAAUUGACUGAUUUCCUUACAUGUACUGCAACUCAGAAAAAAUCUUUGAAAUUGUUGCAUGUUGCGUUUUAUAUUUUCUUUCAGUUGCGAUGUUAAAAAGUCAAUGAUAUCAAAAGGUCAUUGGAAUGAAGGGCCUAAAGAAAAUUAGAACAAAAUAUGUUGUACCUUGAUGCCAGGGUAGCUUGAGAUGCCAGGGUAGUUAGAUGCCAGGGUAGUUAGAUGCCAGGGUAGCUUGAGAUGCCAGGGUAGUUAGAUGCCAGGGUAGUUAGAUGCCAGGGUAGUUAAAUGCCACGGUAGUUAGAUGCCAGGGUGGUUAGAUGCCAGGGUAGUUAGAUGCCAGGGUAGCUUGAGAUGCAAGGGUAGCUUGAGAUGCCAGGGUGGUUAGAUGCCAGGGUAGUUAGAUGCCAGGGUAGUUAGAUGCCAGGGUAGUUAGAUGCCAGGGUAGUUAGAUGCCAGGGUAGUUAGAUGCCAGGGUAGUUAAAUGCCACGGUAGUUAGAUGCCAGGGUGGUUAGAUGCCAGGGUGGUUAGAUGCCGAGGUAGUUAGAUGCCACGGUAGUUAGAUGCCACGGUAGUUAGAUGCCAGGGUGGUUAGAUGCCGAGGUAGUUAGAUGCCAGGGUAGUUAGAUGCCAGGGUAGUUAGAUGCCAGGGUAGUUAGAUGCCAGGGUAGUUAAAUGCCACGGUAGUUAGAUGCCACGGUAGUUAGAUGCCAGGGUGGUUAGAUGCCAGGGUAGUUAGAUGCCGGGGUAGUUAGAUGCCAGGGUAGUUAGGUGCCAGGGUGGUUAGAUGCCAGGGUGGUUAGAUGCCAGGGUGGUUAGAUGCCGAGGUAGUUAGAUGCCAGGGUGGUUAGAUGCCAGGGUGGUUAGAUGCCAGGGUAGUUAGAUGCCACGGUAGUUAGAUGCAGGGGUAGUUAGAUGCCGGGGUAGUUAGAUGCAAGGGUAGCUUAAGAAAAACGUUAAAAGUCAGUCUUUUCCACUACCCACAGUGAAGUGCACAGAGAGAAUCCCGAAACAUACCAUGCCAGGGUAGGACUGCUGUUUGAAGUAAUAUUCUUUAAAUGGUCCCUGCAGCAUAACAUUAAGACAAUUAAGCUCAAUUAGGGGGGUGUUUAGUGGCGCUGGUUUAACUCGGUUCAGUCUGCUCUGCUCUGCUAGGGCUGCAUCAAAUAGUCUGGGAGAGGGAGAGACUGCCUUGCUCUGGCUGGGAGAGACCUGCCUACUGCUCUGUAGAGAGAGGGAGAGAGGGGGAGGCAGAGAGAGAGAGAGGGAGAAAUAGGGAAUCUAGAGAUACAGUUAAAGAGAGGGUUGGGGAUAAAGAGAACGAGAGAGAUUGAAACUGGCAGAUGCUUACCCAACCUGUUGCAAUACCCAGACCAGCUCUUCAGUCAGAAAGCUUAUGAGAGGAGAGGAGAGGAGAGGAGAGGAGAGGAGAGGAGAGGAGAGGAGAGGAGAGGAGAGGAGAGGAGAGGAGAGGAGAGGAGAGGAGAGGAGAGGAGAGGAGAGGAGAGGAGAGGAGAGGAGAGGAGAGGAGAGAGCAGCUGCUAUACACCCCAAAUAGAAAGUGACAGAUCUAGGAGGAGGAGGAGGGCAUCAGAGGGUUUCUUGUCUGGAGCAGCAGUGCCUUGCCUUGUUAUGAUCAUUAGUCAGUUAACGUGUAUAUUACUGAUACUGCCUGGGGGGGGGGGGGGGCAGGGCAGCAAUAUGAGAAGUGAUGAAAUAUGGGGAGCUUCUCCCAAAGUCUUUCUCUGUCUCAGCCUCAGAGAGGUAGUUUAUUUACAUUUACGUCAUUUAGCAGACGCUCUUAUCCAGAGCGACUUACAAAUUGGUGCAUUCAACUUAUGAUAGCAAGUGGGACUCUGCAUGACUCUUCCUAACCUGGAGGAGUGGCUGUAUUGUCUUGCUCUUAGCCAGCACACAUGCCCUAUUUGGUAAAAGACCAAGUCCAUAUUAUGGCAAGAACAGCUCAAAUAAGCAAAGAGAAACAACAGUCCAUCAUUACUUUAAGACAUGUUUGGUCAGUCAAUCCGGAAAAUUUCAAGUGCAGUCGCAAAAACCAUCAAGCGCUAUGAUGAAACUGGCUCUCAUGAGGACCGCCACAGGAAUGGAUGGCCCAGAGUUACCGGCCUCAGAAAUUGCAGCCCAAAUAAAUGCUUCACAGAGUUCAAGUAACAGACACAUCUCAACAUCAACUGUUCAGAGGAGACUGUGUGAAUCAGGCCUUCAUGGUCGAAUUGGUGCAAAGAAACCACUACUAAAGGACACCAAUAAUAAGAAGAGACUUGCUUGGACCAAGAAACACGAGCAAUGGACAUUAGACCGGUGGAAAUGUGUCCUUUGGUCUGCAGUCCAAAUUUGAGAUUUUUGGUUCCAACCGCCGUGUCUUUGUGAGACGCGGUGUGGCUGAACGGAUGAUCUCUGCAUGUGUGGUUCCCACCGUAAAGCAUGGAGGAGGAAGUGUUAUGUUGUGGGGGUGCAUUGCUGGUGACACUGUCUGUGAUUUAUUUAGAAUUCAAGGCACACUUAACCAGCAUGGCUACCACAGCAUUCUCCAGCGAUAUGCCAUCCCAUCUGGGUUGGGCUUAGUGGGACUAUCAUUUGUUUUUCAACAGGACAAUGACCCAACACACCUCCAGGCUGUGUAAGGGCUAUUUGACCAAGUAGCAGAGCGAUGGAGUGCAGCAUCAGAUGACCUCCACAAUCCCCCGACCUCAACCAAAUUGAGAUGGUUUGGGAUGAGUCGGACCGCAGAGUGAAGGAAAAGCAGCCAAUAAGUGCUCAGCAUAUGUGGGAACUCCUUCAAGACUGUUGGAAAAGCAUUCCAGGUGAAGCUGGUUGAGAGAAUGCCAAGAGUGUGCAAAGCUGUCAUCAAGGCAAAGGGUGGCUAUUUGAAGAAUCUCAAAUAUAAAAUAUAUUUUGAUUUGUUUAACACUUUUUUUGAUUCAAAAUGUGUUAUUUCAUAGUUUUGAUGUCUUCACUAUUAUUCUACAAUGUAGAAAAUAGUAAAAAUAAAGAAAAACCCUUGAAUGAGUAGGUGUUCUGUAAAAAAUGUUGACCGGUAGCUAGCUCAUAGUUGUGAAGUAAAACGUUUUGCUUUGUGUAUAUCUUGUUUCAUCUGUUGUUGCCGUUGUCCCGGCUGGAAAAGGUUCAGUGAAUGGGGAGGUGAAGCCUGACGUAAUACAGUAAGGGGGAGUGCGAGUGCUUCUCAAAUGUAUUGUUUUAUUCAUUCUCCACACUCUCGUCCUCCACAAGAACGUACUCAAGAGAACGUGGUCGGAGUAUGCACUUGGAGCAUGAGAAUAUGGAGCACGGUAGUAUGCAUAUUGAGAAACACCCAGAGUGUAACUUAUUGUUUCCAGUAAUUUGUUGCUGAUGGUAACUACAGUAGCAGUGACAGUGAUGAUGGUUAUGGCGGUGGACGAGUUACUGCAAGGCACUUUGGGCUAUUUGUUGCUGUAAAAAUGGCUAUUGAACACAUUUCUACUGAUUUGAUUGAUUAAUACUAAUAUCCCUCCCUCUCUCUUCUCUUCCUCACAGUUCCUGCGGCAUCAGAGGGAUGUCCUACCAGUCUGGAUGCGUCUGACCAUGGCCCUCUACGGCUUCCUGUUUAACAGAGAGGCCCCCGCCGUACCCCACCUGAGAGGACAGGAGAGAUGA